ACCUUUGCCAUGAUUGAUCGUCAAUUUGCUUAGCCUCACUCGCUCUCUCUUUCGUCCUCCCAACUCCCGCCUUGCUCAUGAACCGAUUCACGAAUCGAAAUCUCAAAUCACCACUCUGAACUCACGAUUCACGAAUCGAAAUCUCAAAUUAACACUGUCGGCUCUCGAGUCUCGCUCUCGCUCUCUCGCUCUCGAGUCUCGACUAUCGACCGGCGACCGCUCAAAAUCUGAAUACUUGUGACUUGUGAGGAUAAUACCCGACUUUUGCUAUUCAAGAAAUUCAUCAAACUUGUGAAGAAGAAAAAGGAAAGAUGCUUUCAGGUUUAAAGUUCAUACCCCGCAAUCAGAUUGAUAAGACACUUGAUGAGAAGGUGAAUGAUUCAAACUCAAGGAAAAGUUAUAAGAAGAAAAAGAAGUCCCAUCAUGGUGGUUCAAGUGACGAUGGAUCUCAAAGAAUCAAAAAAAGGUCUAGAAAGAAGUGGUAUUCCUCAGAAGAAAAUUCAUCUUCAUACUCGGAUGCGAGUGAAAGUGGUAGUGAACAGGAUACGAGGAUACGUCGGAAAAGUAAAGGAGAGAAGAAGAGGCACAAGCGUAGAUUGGACGAUGAGGAGAAAGGGAAGUUAAAGAAAUCAGGGAGAAGAGAAUAUUCUAGUGAUGAUGAUUGUGCCAAAGAAGAUAAAGUAGUUCAGAAAGACCAUAAGAAGCGCAAGGGAAGAUUAAGCAAGGACUCUGAUGGUGACAUGGAUGGAAAUUGCGGUGUAUCUCAUUCCACUGAAAAGGAGAAUAUUGUAAGGAAAGAAAUGGGACUGGAGUGGAUGCUUAGACCUAAAGAUAAUAUGGACCAGAAAUCUGCUUCAACUUCUGAUCUACUAGAAGAAGCUCCUGCCAAGGAGAUUAAAAAGGCGAAUCCCAGAGAGCUCAAUCCCUACUUCAACAAUGAUGGAAGUGGUUACCCAGAAGAGGCAGAUGGAGCAAGUUCUGGAGGUAGUAAUCUGCUGUCAAAUGCCGUAGUAGGGGAUGGAGGUGCAAGCUGGAGACUUAAAGCUUUAAAGCGUGCUCAAGAGCAAGCAGCUCGUGAAGGAAAAAAGCUUGAUGAGGUAGUUGGAGAGCGGUGGGGUUCUUUGGGUAAACUAGCAGUUUCCGUGGCAUCAGCUUCUGCUGCACCAUCUCAUGCUCACCUUCAUGCCAUAAAGAAUAGAAUAAGACUGCAGACUAGAGAGCAGCAAACGACACCAGCUGAUCGAAGUGUAAGAAUUAACCAAUAUCCCUUUUCAUUUGGCUCAGUAUAUUGCAAUUUGAUUUUUGUAAUCAUAAUAUUUUGAUGGAAGGUCAUUACUGAUUGAAGGAAAAAUACCUGUUCAAGCCACUAACCUUCGCAGAAGGGUCACUAGGCAUAAAAGUCAACAAACAAGCCUUUAGUAUUGGCUUCAGUUGAUAGAUGGCCCAAUUCCAUCAAUUUUUGUUUCUAUUCUGGCCAGGUAGUUUAAAAAAUAUGAGAUGACCAUGUUACUUUUGCAUCUUUCGAAAGAAUCUGGUCACUGAUUAUAUUUUUCAACCCACUCUACAAUCAAACCAGACCAAACCAGACCAAACCAAACAUACCCAAUAUAUCACUCAAAGGUAAGGUCGGAAGUAGGAUGGAUGCAGACCUUUCUCGAUCCCAAGAGGUAG